AAUGAAGUAUGGUUCUCCAAAAGUUUCAUCAAAUACAAUCGAUGUAUUGGAUGAAACAUUGUCUCCUCGCAAAUCUAUUAGACCAUAUGUAAGAGAGAAAAGGAGUAUUAGUAGUAAAGUGAAGGAUUUUACUUAUGACAAUUAAUUGUUUGAUAAGGUUGAUAAUAAGAUUAGAGCAUACCUGCAGAAGAAUCAGGUAAAUUACGAAAAGACUCUCAUUAAAUUAUAUAAACUGGACUCCCUUAAAAGUGAUAAAGCAAAAAGAUUGUUAGGAGAGCUAAAUCAAACGAAGAGGAAAUAAUAAUUCAGUGCUGUUCGUCAAACAAAAUCAAUGUAGAAUUCUCAUCCAUCUCUAUAGAGAGAAAGAAAUAAUAGUUUACCAUCUUCAAAGCAAAUGCAAAUGGAUCUUAAAUAAAUAUAAUAGGAAUUAAAAAAAAUCAAUCCUGAUAUUGAGAAUAAGGUAUUAAUGAAUAUCUCAGUCUUUAAAUUUAAUCAAUCAAAUUGUGCUCGUCUAGAAUAAGAUGAGUGGGAAAGAGUUGCUCUGUAGUAUCCAUAUAAAAUUAGACCAAAGAUGACAAAUUUCGAGUAAGAAUUAGAUCGAUUAAACAGUUAUUAUUCAAGAAACGAAAACUGUUUGAAUCAACUCAUGCGUAUUUAAAAAGAUCUUCUGCAAUAUAAAUUGCUUUAAUAAUGA